CCGCGGCGCCCGCGCCCGCGCGGUGCUAGGGCGGCGGCGACGGUGACAGGCGAGGGGCGCGGCGCUGCUCCGCCGCUUCGCUGCCGGCUGGCUGCAGUGGGCCCCGCGGACCGGCUCGAGUCGCCGGGCUGAGCCACCCGCCGCACGCCGCGGAGGCGCUCGGGGACAAACCAGGGCGCGCAGGGCGGCGCGGGGAGGACCCUUGGCGGGCAGCGCGCCCACCUCUCCCCGACCAGUGGCUGUAGCGAGUUCGGGCCCGCGGCCCCUCCGCCUCAAGUCUGGGAGCUCCCGGCCCCACUCUGCCGCUGCCUAUGGGGAUCCGAGAGUUUCCCGGCGGCGCACCCAGGGGCAAGAGCAUCGCCAUUGGCAUGAGGAGGUCACCGGACGUCAGCCCCCGGAGACUGUCCGACAUCAGCCCCCAGCUCCGGCAGCUCAAGUACUUGGUGGUGGACGAGGCGAUCAAGGAGGAUCUGAAAUGGUCGCGCUCGGUGGAGGACCUCACCAGCGGGCCAGUGGGACUCACGUCCAUCGAGGAGCGGAUCCUGCGCAUCACCGGCUACUAUGGCUACCAGCCCUGGGCAGCGAGCUACAAAAGGGAGGAGCGCCCCCGGGAGCCCCCAGGCCCGGCGGAGGCCCAGGCGCCGGGCGGGGCAGAGGCCGGCGGGAGGACGAGCCACCGCCACUGGACGUGCUCGCGGGAACAGCUGCACAAGACCUUUUGGGGCGUGGCGGUGGUGCUGUGCGUGUGCGCCUCCUGGGCUGGCUCCACGCAGCUCGCCAAGCUCACCUUCGCCAAGUUCGAUGCACCCUUCACCCUCACCUGGUUUGCCACCAACUGGAACUUUCUGUUCUUCCCAUUAUAUUACGCGGGGCACGUCUGCAAGUCCGCCGAGAAGCAGUCUGUGAAGCAGAGAUACAGGGAAUGCUGUCGAUUUUUUGGAGACAAUGGCUUGACUUUGAAGGUGUUUUUUACCAAGGCAGCCCCUUUUGGUGUUCUCUGGACCCUCACAAACUACCUGUACUUACAUGCAAUAAAGAAAAUAAACACUACGGACGUGUCGGUGUUGUUCUGCUGCAACAAAGCUUUUGUGUUCUUGCUCUCAUGGAUCGUUCUCAGGGACAGGUUCAUGGGAGUGAGGAUUGUGGCUGCCAUCCUGGCCAUCGCCGGCAUUGUGAUGAUGACCUACGCGGACGGCUUCCACAGCCACUCAGUCAUCGGCAUAGCCCUGGUGGUGGGCUCUGCGUCCAUGUCUGCCCUCUACAAGGUUCUGUUCAAGCUCCUGCUGGGCAGUGCCAAGUUCGGGGAAGCCGCCUUGUUCCUGUCCAUCCUGGGUGUGUUCAACGUCGUCUUCAUCACCUGCAUCCCCGUCCUGCUCUACUUCACCAAAGUGGAAUACUGGAGCUCGUUCGACGACAUUCCAUGGGGAAACCUUUGUGGAUUUUCAGUCCUCUUAUUGACAUUCAAUAUUGUAUUAAAUUUCGGAAUCGCCGUGACGUAUCCCACUCUGAUGUCUCUUGGAAUCGUGCUCAGUGUACCUGUGAACGCAGUGGUUGACCACUACACCAGUCAGAUCGCCUUCAACGGGGUCCGGCUCAUCGCCAUCAUCAUCAUCGGCCUGGGCUUCCUCCUGCUGCUCCUGCCCGAGGAGUGGGACGUCUGGUUGAUCAAGCUGCUCACCCACCUCAAAGUGAGGAAGAAGGAGGAGCCGGCGGAGGGCGGGCCCGACCUGGGCUCGGGACCCCAGAGCAGGAGCAGGAGAGCUCGCCCUUCCUUCGCGCGCUAGGGCCACUCCUCUGGGACUCUGGGGACGUCCCCGCGGUGAUGAUUCGGAGACCUGCCCCUGGCAGGAGGAGCCUCGGUGGGGUAAGGUGUACAUACCUGUACAGUUUUGGUACUCUGCGGUAAGUCCUAUGGUAUUAUUGGCAUGUCCAAUUUGCUUGCACUUUUCCACAUCAGACCUUCACUCAAGGGCACCGAUUCAACAAGGAAGAGAAGGACCUCAGCGCUUUCCCGAUGAAUGUAAAGCGGUCACAAUGAGCCUUGCAUCGAUUGUUUCUGACGACAGGUGUGCUUCACGAGCCAGGGCAAAUGUUUUGAAUCCUAGCAACCGAAAAUGACAUUGUACACUGUGAUUAUUUUUCAGCUAUAGUAGGUCAUAUUUUGUUUUAUACCAGAGCUGUACUCUUAAUUUUAAGGAAUUUUAAUGAACCAAAAGAUAACUGUCAGUUGAUCUGGAUGGAUGGAUGAGUGGAUGGGUGGGUGGGUGAGCCGGUAGAU